AUGAUUGCCAUCGUCUUGGUGGCGCUCUUGGCCUUUGCCAGAGCCGACGAUGUGAAGCUUCAAUGUUUGCAACCGCCAAAAAUUAAUUCAGCCCUGCCAGCAGCUAUUGCAAUUCCGCAGAACUAUUCGGUAAGUGUCUAUUUUUGAUUUGUUUUUGGAGUUUAGGGUAUGAUCAAGGUCCCUGGGGAUUAUUGUUCUUAAUGCGCGCUAUUUAUAGGCUAUUGUAACGUUUGUUGACUCAACCAAGACUAGUGUCCGAUUGGUGGAGAAGGAUUUUAAUGACGUCUUCUUCUACGAGAAGACUCAGAAGGGCCAAAAGACGACUCGAUAUGUCGUCAAGGACAAUAGCACGUUGAUAUUUGAUGGUAAAAUUUACUUUUUUGUUUUUAUUUUAGGCCUGAUAUUAUACUGGGUCAAAUAAUUAAAUGUUUGACAAAUUUGCUUCCUUUUUGCUGAAAUUACGUUUUAAUGACCUUGAUUGUUCUAGAUACCAGCUGUUCUCGUCAAUCAAUCGACGAAUCGAAGAAGCUUUACCCGUUUCCCAAGGUCUUUACCGAUACAUUCAAAGAUCUCUCAACUCUCAGCCAAAUCGUAAACAGUGUUUUAACCCAGCAAUACGCUCAAGAUGGCCUCGUCAAUGUGACAUCUGUCGAUGGAUUUACUGCCGUCACUUGGCAUGGAUGUUUGAAUCGGACCGACACGACUGAUGCAAUUGAAAUUGAUGUCAAUUUUAUUGGUGACAAAUCAACUCAACCUCCAUUUGAUGAUGGAAACAAGUGGCCACAAGCUCUGAAUAUUCAUUUUCUGAGCUAUAAUUAUACUGGUAUGGAAUUUUGAUGUUUUUUUUUAAUUUUAGGUCAAGUAUAAUAUCGGAAGUAUUUCAAUUUUGCGAUUUUGAUGUGUGUUUUGGUUUUGUGAGAUGGGAUAUGACGUAUAAACGUCGAAUUGAUCCAAUUUUUGAGUUGAAAUAUUGAUUCUGCAAAAAUUUUUACUGGUUUUUUUCUAGACGAUGGCAAGGGAACGAUCACUCCGUCAAUCAAAGAAGACAUCACAGUCUCCAUUUUGGUCUUAAAACCCGUUGACCAGAAGGAAAAAGUCAAAGUUUCGUCAGCCCCCAAAGGAGUCUUCUGUGAAAAUUCUCCCAAAGCCGUUUUGCCCUCAGGGCUUCCAACCAAAUUCGAAGCCGAUCUCACCUACAUCGACUCGGAACAGCAUGUAGUCAACACCGCCGAACUCAUGUACGAUCAGCCCAACCGGAUCGUGUCAUUUGGCCUCGACUUCUCCCAAGAUUCGGACAUCCCGUAUGUCCAGAACACGAAUACCUCGGAAGUGAAGGACCUGGGAAAAGCCCGAAUCUUCCUGGACUUCAAAUCCGGCUUCGAGUAUCGGCUGAGCAAGGACGGACGGGUCUGUCGCUCAGUCAGACCCAUUGAAAAGUCAUGGCAGGCGAUUGAGGAGAAGGAUGGGAAAUUUAAUUUAAAGGAGCCAACUACCGUGUUUUUCAAUGGAUCCGGAGCUGAAUUCUACAAUUCUGGAGAGGUAAGAGUGUUAUUUUUUUAUUUUUUUUUUAUUUUAGACCCAAACUUUUGUAAACGCAUGAAAGUUGGAAAAUUUUGAAAAUUUCCAAAAAAUCGGUCAUGCUUACGGAAUAAGACGAAAUUUGAAUUUUGAAAUUUUUGAAAAGUCGAUUCAACAUCUAAAGAAGCGAUUUAUGAAAAUAAAAGUCGAAAUUUUUUGAAAUUAAAAAAGUCAUCAUGACGGAUUUUUUGGAUUUUUUUCAAAUUUGAAAGUGAUAAUUUUAGGUGGUCAGAGGAGGUGUCACAUAUGACUCAUACGUCUCUAGACAACUCAAUAAUGCCACAAAGGAACAAGUUGUUAUCGAAUUACUCUACUUCAACAAACAAUGGAAACUGGAGUCUGGAGCCGAAAAUUUGAUCCAUUCGAUUACUCAGUAUCAUAAGGUAAGAUGCUUUUUGAGUCAAAAAUGAUGACUUUGGUUUUUUAGAACGCUCAAAACGAAACUGUGAAGACUACCGUAAUCCUGUUCAACCAGGUCAAAAAUAACACGCUGGUUGGAACUUCAUGGUCCAAACACACUGUAUUCCCGUGCCUGGCUGAUGGAAAAUCCGACAAUUUCUUUUUCCUAAAAUUGGCCAACGGCACGAUGAAGGAUCUCCAGAAUAUCGGAUACGAAAAUGUGGAGAGCGCCCUGGCUGAGGCGGUUGCAAAAACUGCGAAUAUUAGUGUCCUAAGAAUCUCACAAUUCCUUCUAAAACAGUUGAACACUCAGUUUAUGGCCUGUUUCUUAUUGGGAGAGAAGAAUCCAUUGAUUCCGGCGAACACAACGGAUCUGGUCGUAAGUUUAUUUUUUGGGGGGCCAUGGAGAAGAUGAGGUGAAAUUGAGGGAAUUUUUUGUGAAUUAAGAGGGAGGAAGUGAUUUGGAGGGUAGCUGAAGAGUUUUGGCAGAUAAUAGACUGAUCCAGAGGGCUUGAGUGGAGUUAAAAUGGUUGGAAUUUAAUGGGAUUAGAAUUUUGCCAUGUGCAAUAUAAAAUUUUUUUAUUUUUUUAUAAUUUUUGUUGCAAAAAACAAAAAAAAGGAUAUUAAAUGGUGAGUAAGCUUGAGAAUAUAAGCCGAGCUUCCACGGUGUCAUCAAGUUUAGGUUCAUGUUGAUUUUCUAGUUUUGUCAAAAAAAAUUUGGAAGAUAAGUGGACUUUGAAAAACAGGGCUGUAAUUCAUACUGUAUUGUUUUUAUCAUACAGAAAUUUUGAUCAAAUAUUUAAUAGGGCUCUAGGCUCUUGUAUUUUGAGUUUUAUGGAAUUUGGGUUACUGUAACAGAAAAUAUAGCCAUUUUUGUAAAAGAAUUAUUUUGGUCAACAUGGAUAAUAUUCUUGUCAUUUUUAGAUCGAAAAGAACGUUACAGAGGUCCGAAAUCUCUUGAAUGGCACUUUGAAGACUCAACAGAUCAAUGUGAACAUCGUUUCGGAUGAUUUGAAAACUCAGGUAUAGUAAAAACAAAAAAAAAUUUUUUUUUGAGGAAAUUGAAAAUUUUUUGAAUUUUUUGGCAGAAAUGGUGACAAAUAGUAUUUUUAAUACCCCUAAAAUUCCAGACGAUCUCUGUGAAUGGGUUCGGCGUUGUCUCGACCACCGACGAACACCCCUUCCCACCUCAAUACAACGGAUAUACGGGUGGAUCCAUGUUCAUCCUGGCCCUCUUCUCCUUCAUUUUUGGCGUCGGAAUUGCGGUGGGAUCCUACGUCUUCUACACGAAGCGACAAGGCAUCCGCGGAAUCGCGUAUCAGGUCUUUGAGUGA